CACCGAUUUGUCGUACUGACCGUUUAAGAGAACCCAUAGCGUGUUUUGUCACAACACCUGACUGUACCUAUGGCCUCUAAUACAAUUGAUUCUGCGAACCAGACCCACAGAGGUAGACCAUCCUCAUAUCCCAAUUUUUCUCAAGAGGUGUGGGAUGAAAUCACCGCAUACCUUCUUCCCUCAUCAGCCUUAAAUGCAACUGAUGUUUUCGACUUCAAGUCCAAUGCUUACGACCGGGUGUGGACUGCUGUCUUCAGAAACGAGGACUGGUUAGAGAGCUGCAGUGCGAAAGACGUGAACAUCGUGUUGAUCGGCGCUGAUCUUGACAUACUGAGCGGGCUUACUGUGAAUAAAGCACAGCCUUGUCUUGUACUCGCCGCUUUUGACCGCUGCGGCGAGCUCCAGUACAAGAAUGAUCUCCUUCACCUGAGUCUACGUGGAGGCACCUCCGGCUUGAAAGAACAUCAGCUUGAACAGCUCACGCUUGCUAUUCAAAAUCUUCGGCCUAUAUUCCUUCUGAACCUGAACCCUCCCACACAAACCCUGCCAGAUAGCUCUGAAUCUCCUAGCAGCGACCCUGUGCAGUUUAUAUUCAGAUGUUUCGGAGGACCAAGCUUCUGGACUGGUCGCCCGCCGCUUGUUGAUGUUGUGCUGAGCGAAGGAUGGAAGAAAAGCCAGUGCGAGUAUACGUUUGAAGGCUUCACUUUCAAGGACAAAAAGUAUAGGCAAUGCCACCGUCAAGAUACCGACUGGACUAGUGUUGCAAAAGUUGAGUCUGGACAGGACUGUUCUGUAAUUGAAACUGUGUAGAGGUCGUCCGUCAGACAUUGUCGAUUGUUCUCUGUCAAUCAGAAUUUUUUUGCUCAGGGCCAUCAACCCUGGACACAUUGUAAG